UUCCUUCAUCUCCUCUUCAACGCUACUUUUAUAUUUCCACCUUCUACUUUCACCUCUGUUUCCACAGAAUAUACAGAUUAUUACUUCAUCUUUCACUUUAUCUAAGACCAUAUAACAAGACCAAGUGUUUGGAUUGAACAUUCUGAUAUUUGUAUCCAGUUUCAGGAACAUUCUUGAUAUUAACAUAUUUAGCAACAGGCAUAUAUUAGCAAACAGAGAAUUACAUCAAGAAGCAUAAUAUGGCCUUAGAGCAGCUUUUCCAGGAGGAAAUAACAGACACCAACUUUGAGGAACACGAUAUUUCGUUGGAGAAGUGUAAGACAGUUGACGAUAAGCUUGACGACAAUCUCUCUGGAGGUUUUGAGUGUAACAUAUGCUUGGAUCUUGUGUAUGAUCCUGUUGUUACAUUCUGUGGUCACCUUUAUUGUUGGCCUUGCAUCUACAAAUGGAUUCAUUUUCAGAGCAAAUCGUCCGAAAAUACUGAUCACCAACAGCCACAAUGUCCUGUUUGCAAAGCUGAAGUCUCACAGAAAACGUUGAUUCCACUCUUUGGUCGCGGCCAGUCUACAAAACCAUCGGCCCCGAAUCUUGGUAUUGUCAUACCACAACGGCCUCCUAGUCCGAGAUGUGGGGGUCAGACACCGAUAGCAACUAACGAAUCACAUCCAUCGCAGCAACCUUAUACUUCUAGCUACAUGUCCGAACCUAUGCUAAGUCCUGGUGGCACGACGACAGGGGAAUUGGUUUAUGCGCGGAUGUUUGGAAACUCAUCGACUACUUUAUAUACAUAUCCGAGCUCAUAUAAUCUAGCAGGAAGAAGUAGUCCAAGGUUAAGAAGGCAACUAUCACAGGCUGAUAGAUCACUUAGCAGAAUCUGUUUUUUCCUAUGUUGUUGUUUAGUGACUUGUCUUCUCUUGUUCUGACCACUUUCUCUGAUUGCUCAAACUUUGUAAAAUUACUUAGUACUGCAAUAGAUACAAUUUCUAAGUGAAAUUUGAAAUUUUCAUGAUCAAA